AUGUAUCGAACAACAAUAUGUCUAAGAUUAAUAUCACGUCGAAUUUCAACAACAUUUUCGGCUUUUGCAUCAUCAGAUUCUAAUGUAAAUUUACCAAAUCCAUGUAUUGCUAUGGCACCUGAUACAAAUCAUAUUAUUUGUUAUCAUCCAGAAAAACCACAUCCAUAUGAAUAUACAAAACCUAUCGAUCGAACUGAUCCGAGUUUUGCUCAGAGUGAAGGUGUAUUUAAUAUACAAGCUCAACGUGAUUAUGAUAAUCGAUUUUAUAAGAAACAAGUAACAAAAAAAGAUUACCGUUUGGAAACAGAACAACUUUCACAAAUGUUCAAUGAACAUCCAGCAUUAUUCAAACCAACACCAAAACGAGAUAAAAUUCGUCGGGCACCACAAUUUGCCGAACCAGCACCUGAUAGAUCUGGCCUUUAA